AUGCUCCUCCAAAUCAUUUCCCUCCCAACACUUACACCUAAACCCAACUCUUUUCUGCACAUUCUCUGCUUUACAAAAGGAGAGCUGCUGGUCCCAGACCAAACAAUAAAACUGAAACAGAAACAAUUACAAUAUUGAUAGCUUUUCACCAUCCAAGCUAUUUAUUUGAAUGGCUUGGAGUUUGGAUUGAUUAAUGGUGGGUAAUGGGUUAUGCAGAUGUUAAGGAAUUUGCUCCUUCCAACUCAUUACUACCAUCUUAAACAACACGCAGCGUGUUCAUCUAAACUUCCUUCCCAUAACCCACCUAACUUAUAUUCUUUUCUCCAACUUCACACUAUUAGAAAACAAAAUCACAACUAAUUUCCUUUCUUUUCUUUCCUUUCCAGUGUACAACUGUUUCAUCCAAGACACUGAUCUCUCCUCUGGCUUAAAGGAGGAGUUCUAUAAACAGUUAGCUUUUCCUGUUUGCGACCUCUCCUGGGUUUGAAAAGUUUGAUUUUGAGCUCCACAGGAUCACAGAGUUCACACAGGUACAGCUACAGAGAAGAAGAGCAAGCAAUGUUCUAGUAUCUUAACUUGCUCAUCCUCAAUUUCAAUUCAUCAGUCGCUUAUUUCCUCACAUGGGCUGUCUCAUCUCUGUCUCUAUCUUUCUCCCAUUCAAUGCAGUGAUUUUACUUCUGCAAUUGUCAUGGUAUGCCAAUGCUCAGGCAAUAGACUCCGCUCGUCUUCUUGAUUAUGUAGUCAGAGACUAUGCUUUCCAGUCCUACACAGCGCGCCCCAAGACUGGAUUUUUGUACAAUGUACGUCUGCCGGCAAACUUAUCCGGCAUUGGAGCUGAUACAGUGAGAUUCAGGUGUGGCAGUCUUCGAAGGUAUGGAGCGCAGGUUAAGGAAUUCCGUUUAGCGAUGGGCGUUACAAUUGAUCCUUGCGUGGAGAGAGUUGUAGUGGUUCGACAGAACUUGGGUACCAAUUGGUCUUCUAUCUAUUACAGCAAUUACAAUUUUUCUGGGUAUCAGCUUGUUUCCCCUAUUUUAGGCCUUCUGGCAUACAAUUUUGCUGAUUUUAAUACUUCAAACCGGUCUGAGAUCGGAAUUUUUGCUGGGAAAAGACCCAUAACCAUCGAUUUCUCCAAGGUUGCGAGAAUCGACACCAGAGGUCUCAGGCCUCUUUGUGCUAGUUUUGAUUCACAAGGAAAGGUCAGCCUGUCGAAUCAGGUAUCUUCCAAUGUCUGUGUUGCAUCACAGCAUGGCCACUUUGGUCUGGUGGUCGUGCCAUCGUUCCCCCAGAUGCGAAGGAAGGUUAGCCGAUGGAAGGUGGUUGUUGGGAGUUUGGUUGGAGGUGCGUUGGGUGCGUUCCUUCUAAGCUUGCUCAUCAUUGCUAUGGUUGUUAAAGCAAAGAAGAAGUCUCGAAUGGCAGAGAUGGAGAGAAGAGCCUAUGAAGAGGAAGCUCUGCAAAUAUCGAUGGUCGGACAUGUGAGAGCUCCCACAGCAGCCGUGACGAGAACGCAACCCACACUUGAGCAUGAGUAUUCUCCUCCUUCCUGAGUCUUUAUUACUAAUUUAUUUUUUUUGGGUAAAUCAUAAAUGUAACUGCAAUUGUGAGUCAUCUGGCUUUGAUGACAGAGAGUGAGAGAGAUCCACCCAAAGGUGAUAGAACUCCCAGAAUUGACUCCAUUUUUUAUUGGGAAUUUCAUCUGCUUAGGCUCUGAAUCUGUGAAUUGUGAUAUAAGAAGAUUCUGAAAUCCUGAUGUACCAAACCAUUUCAAGCUUUCAUCAAUUCUGGGUUGUUUGUUUCUUUUCAAAUAUUUGUGAAAUAUGUAUACUAUGUUGGGUAGUCUUCAUUGCCUUUCUUUUAUUUUCUUUUCUCUGGGUGGAGUGGGUAGAACAAACUCUGAAGGCUGAUUGCAUUUGUUGGUAUCAAAGAAUAUUAAU